UUUCAACUGAAUCAAAAUGGCUGGCCUCGCUCUUCCGGUUACGAAAGAACUUUUUUAUAGCAUAUUGAUCAUGCUUUCUUUCGGGCCUAAAAAGUGUUAUUUACAGCGCUCGGAGGAGUUCGGAAGUCUAAAUGAGGUGGUUUUGUGGAAGCGGGGGGAUCAUGGGGUAUCGGACUACCGUAUCCCCCUCAUUACCAGUCUCCCGGACGGGUCUCUCAUUGCGCUGGCUGAGGCACGCAAGCACAGCUCAAGCGACUCCGGUCCCAAAUUCCUGGCAAUGCGCCAGUCACGUGACCAAGGUGUUACCUGGACUAACACCACAUUUAUUGAGGAUGACCAGGAAGCUACAGACGGCCUCAACUUGGGUAGUAUUGUAGUGGACGAAAUCACUAAAUCAGUAUUCGUGAUGUACUCCUUCUGUAUUCACAAGUGCAAGUACGCAACCACCUAUGUUAUCCGUAGCGAUGACAACGGACAGUCAUGGACCAUGCCUAAAAAUAUAUCCCAGCAGCUUGGCGGGCUCCAGUUUGCACCCGGACCAGGCUAUGGCAUCCAGAAAGCGUUAGACCCUUGGAAAGGGCGUCUGAUCAUCUGCGGCCACUCUAUUGGCAAAACUGAAGGGCUGUAUUGUGUGGCUAGUGACGAUCAUGGAAACUCCUGGCAUCGCACGGCGGAGCUGCCGCGAACUAAUCAAUUUGACCCCAACGAAUGUCAGAUGAUCGAGCAGAGUGACGGUGUCGUGCUGCUGAGUGCGCGCAACCAGCAACACGAAGAAUGCCGCUGCCGGAUGAUGGCAAAGAGCUAUGACGGCUGCGAGACCUUUGCGCAUUCCGACAUCUACUACGACCACACCCUUAUCGAUCCAACCGUCGCCGCCAGCCUCCUCAACUGGAAAUACACUGUGUACUUCUCUAACCCUGCAAGCCGUACCCUGAGGGUGAAUAUGACCGUGCGGGUCAGCGGUGACAUGGGGGAGACUUGGAAGGGGCUACGCCCUAUUUGGCAGGGGCCGAGCGGGUACUCAUGUCUCUCGGGGAUACCCACAAGCCAAGGCAACGACUCGUACAUCGGGCUUGCUUUUGAGAAAGGGUUAAUAAGUCCGUACGAAAGCAUCACUUUUGUUAAAUUGAGAGUGUGAUACAACUGGCGUUUUUCUCUAGAUGUUAAUGUCAAUAAUGUACUAAAGGA